AUGUCAAGUCGUCAAGUAAGUUAGAAAAGCUUUAUGCAGUCAGAAAGAACUAACUAGGCGGUGCGCUAGAGCUCCGCUCGGCCUUGUCACAACUAAGAAUCCUAGACGCCGAAGGCCGUGACGGCAUUUUCCGCGGGGGUCCCAUCAUCGCUUUGUCAGCAUCGCGCUGCCAACAGUUUGUGCCUUGGCCACCGGAAUGGGCUUCGGCGUGACUUUGCGUAUCCAAUUUGCAAGCAAAAAGGAUCGGCACUCCGGGAGUCCCACGGGCCUAAUCUACUAGCGCUUACAGCUCAGAAACUUAUAUUGAAGUCAGAAGUUUUAUGGAAAUUCAAAACUCAUCUUGACGUUGAAUGUAGAAAGAAGCGAGACGAGUCGUGAGGAAAGCAGAAAUGAGAUUUUAAACCGGGUCGUACAAUAAGAAAUGCCACGUUGCCACGUGGUUUUUUGUAAUUUGUAUUUUUUUUCACGAGGUUCACGUGCAGUGAAUAAAAUUUUUGUGAAGUUUGAAGUUUUUAUUUUAUAAAUAAUCUGAAUUACAUUAUUUUUUUGUUUUUUUUUUGAUGGUUUUUCGAACUUAAUCAAACAUUCUGCCAUACAGGUUUUUUUUUUAAAUUUAUGCUUUCUAUUUAUUAAUUUUUUAUCUGAUGCAUGAAGGAUUAAUCUCUUGUCAAUUUACGUGAGGCAAGCUGUACAAAUACCGGAGGCUACAUAGAUUUUUUUUUCCUUUUGAUUUGAUAGUUUUUUUUUGUCAAGGAAAGUAGUAGUAUAAAAGAAUCUUCAGGUUGUCGAUCAGCCAGAAUGUGCAGGCACAAUGAUGGCCAAGAAACUUUUCUUCCGUCCAUUUGUCUUCAAUACUCCCUAUCAUCUUGUCUUCCGAUACUGGUAUCUUUUCUGGAUGAUAUCAUUUAGACUGAAUCUUUAUUUUCUAGGUACCGCAAUUUUGUGACAGUUUUCGCGCCUUUCUUCAUCCUCUCCUACCUGAACUUCCGAAUUGUGAAGGCGUUCACCCACCUGCCAAAAAUGUCGAUCGUCGAUCUCUCGGCCUGCGAUAUGGCCAGAAGAAAGGUUUUUUUUCUUUGUAAGAGUAAAUGCAAUUUUUUCCCAAUAGUAUACAAGUUAUACUUUUAGUCUGUUGAAAUUCAAUUUAAAGUAUUAAAUGAACAAGUGAGUUAUUUUAAUUGAUUUUUCAAAACAAGGUCCAGUUUUACUGAUGAAUUUGAAUGAGAGCAGGUGCACGGAAUCGAGUUUUCUCAAAAUUUUUCAUAAAAUCUCGCUUCAAAGUUAAUUUCGACAGGAAAAAAAAAAGUCAGAUUCUUGAUCUUUUGGAUCAGCUCUUUCUAUAAAACUAUGAGCUGGUGUAGAAAAAUUUUUUUGAAUCUCAACUUAAAUAUGAUAUUUGUGCCAUUUACUCGAGCACAAUCAACGGUAUCUCAGAUUUUUCUUCAAACAGUUUUAAAUAAAAUCUAAUUCAAUUCUUUUUCAGCUUGUUUUGAAUUUUGAAGAAAGACUCAGGACUGACUAGAAUGACUUUCUGAGUUUUCUGGAAGUUGAUCAUAAUUUCUCCAAUUAUUUAUAAUGUAAUCCAAGUUCUAAACUUUCUCGUGUUCCUAUUUUUUUAGAAGAACGACUCAAAUGUCGAGGCGAUUUUUGUUAAUUGGUUCGCGAAAAAAGUAAUGAGACACGGGUCAGGACAAAAUGGAGAUUUUUAAAAAAUCAACCAGAAAAAAAAUUAUUCGUAUUUAAAGGCAAAUGCCAGAGCGGCGACACGGACACUGGUCCUCGUCGCCUGCUGCUACCUCGUCAGCAAUAUCAUCAACGUCGUAGUGACGACCUUCGAGCACACCAACAAGGAGCAUCUGACGGAGAACUACCCGCGGCUCUACAUGCUCGCCAUAGACCUCGUCUCCCUGCUGACGACGAUGGCCUGCGCCUGCCGACUGCCCAUCUACAUGUCCUGCCAGAAAGCCCUCCGUCAGGAGGUCCUCCAAGUCUUCCGACGCAUCAUCCCCGGUCGCAACUCCUAUCUUGAGGUCGGUAUUUUUGGACCUAUCAGACGGAUUUGUGAGAAGCAUAAUCUUCUUUCGGAUUAUCUAUAGUCUUAUUGGACUCUUGUCAAUGGCGGAAUGUAAGAAAGAUCAAAGCAUCAUUGAGUUCUCAGAAAACAGAAGCCUUCUGGAAAAAAAAAACAUAAAACAGAAGCCUUCUAUCACCUUCCGAACACCUUUCUAUGAUUUCUUGAACUUUGAAAAAAAAAAAUCUGAUCUCCCCAUAUAAGAGGUUUGCAGGAGCAGACGCAGGAGACGAUGCUGCCGAUGUCGAAGUCGUUCGAAAGCGAGACACCGACUCCUUUGGCGGUGGGUUCGCCUUGCUGAAGCAGCGACAGCAGCGCCGAGUUCAGAGCCCAGCGCCGGAUCCGACGGCGGCCUCCGAAGAGGAAGAAGAAGAUCGGAUCUAUUGGAUGUCGCCGCCGCCGAAGAGCGUCGGGUCGCCCUAUGAGACCCUGCUUUGA